AUUAAAACUCAAAGAAGAAGUGGAUGCAGCGCAUGCGCGAAUCUAUCAAAACACUGAAAGAAGGGUGACCGCUCGGGAUGUUCACGUAAAACAAUGCCUUAUCGAGCGUUCAGUGGCUUCAGUUUAACCUUAGUGUGAGUGCUCAGUGAGUGAUCAGAGGAUGGACUGCGUGUCAGCCUCAGAUGGGACAGCAGAGUGUCCUCUGGCUUCUGAGGACAUGGAGGGGAUCUGUGUAAUGCCGGAUUUGAGUGCCAUCAAGACUGAACAGUCAAUGGGCGCAAGCCCGGAUGACACGGGCACCCAAAAUGUGGCCAUGGGCAUCAAGUUCAUCCUGCCCAACCGCUUUGACAUGAAUGUUUGUUCAAGAUUUGUCAAGUCGCUCAACGAGGAGGACAGCAAGAACAUCCAGGAUCAGGUCAACUCUGACCUGGAGGUGGCUUCUGUUUUAUUCAAAGCUGAGUGCAAUAUCCAGACCUCACCUUCACCGGGUAUACAAGUGCGUCAUGUUUACACGCCAUCCACCACCAAACAUUUCUCUCCCAUCAAACAGUCCACCACACUCACCAACAAACACCGUGGGAAUGAGGUUUCUUCCACACCUCUUUUGGUGCAUUCUUUGUCCAUUCAUCAGCUUGCAGCCCAAGGUGAAAUGGUGUUUCUGGCCAGCAGGAUUGAACAAGAAACUGUGAUCAAUCUCCAAGAUGAGGAAGGCUUUACCCCCCUGAUGUGGGCAGCUGCACACGGACAAAUUGCUGUCGUCGAGUUUCUGCUCCAAAAUGGAGCUGACCCCAACCUCCUAGCCAAAGGGAGGGAAAGUGCAUUGUCCUUGGCCUGCAGUAAGGGAUACACUGAUAUUGUAAAGAUGCUCAUUGACUGUGGCGUUGAUGUAAAUGAAUAUGACUGGAAUGGAGGAGCCCCUCUGCUGUACGCUGUCCAUGGGAACCACGUGCGCUGUGUCGAAAUCUUGUUAGAGAGUGGUGCUGAUCCUACCACUGAGUCAGAUUCUGGAUUCAAUGCAAUGGACAUGGCUGUGGCUAUGGGUCACCGGAAUGUUCAACAGGUGAUGGAAGCACACUUACUGAAGUUACUGAUGGGAAUCAGAGAAUGAACUGUCACACUUGAGAACGAAAACCAAAGGGACAGCGCUGAGCUUUGGACAAUCACGUAGCACGCCCAGGCUGUCGGCCAACAGGAAUAUUUUGUUCCAUUAAGUGACAGUUCAAAAGCUUUGUAUCAUACCAACAUUAUUUUGUUGUCAUGAUGCACAUGAACAUUUGUGCUCUGUGAAUUUUCAAUUUUAACCGUCUUUCAAGCUGUUUACUGUGCACUUUUUCCACAAUGACUGUGGAGUUGCAAAUCAGCUCCUCAUAGACUGACAGAUGUAAAGUUGAGUUCUUCACUACAACCCAGCAUGGGCUGCACACCACCUGUAGUUUAUGCUGCCAUAUGUGCAGUGCAGGAUUGAUUUUGCUAAGCAUGGUUGUUUUGUUUGUGGUUUUUUAAUAUCGUAUAUUGCGUUACAUGCCACCACUGGCUCUUCCUUCCUUUUCCUGUUAUAGCAAGUGUUUUUUUUUUUCAAACUAACUUAUUCAACAUAAUAACCCGUUUUAAGAGUAAAAGGAUAAUUAUGUAAUAUGUUGAAUUGUCACAUGUUCAUACUGUCUGGUCUUCAUAGUGAGCACAUUUCUAAGGCUCAUUUUGCUACUUUGAAGGCUACAGUGGGUAGAUUGCACAUGGUACAAAUUGUGUGCUUUGAGACUGCCAAGCUGUUUGAUCCUGAAGAUGUUUGUGUUGGUUUUACUGAGUUUAUUUAUCUGAAUAAUUUAGACAUUGUGUCGUAAUGUGAAAUAAUGCACAUAUCGAUGUAAGUCUGUCUGUAGUGUGAUACUGUUACUGAUGUGUUGUGAAUGUUAAGACCUCACACCUCAUUCAAAUGUCUCAAGGUUAUUUUUGUGCCGUUUGCCACUGUUUGAGUGUUUGUAUUUUAUCAGUCAUACUGUAAGUGGUGUAUAAAGAAAUAACUUGUAUUGGCCGCAGUGUAAUUCAUCAUUCUGUACAGAUAUAUCUGAUUGCAUGUCAAAAAGGUCAAACAACUGUUUAUAGUCACUGAAAUGAAGCUGUUAUUUAAUUAAAAGAUCUUUUUAAAGAGUG